UUGGCUAUUUCCGAAGAAGGGCCAGAGGCAUUGUCCAGCCCCUAACGGCGCCAAGCAAACGGAGGUGGUGGCCGGGAUUGUGGAUUUGGGAGACCGAAGGAUAUCCCUCUGGGUUCGUUCUGCGCCUCUUCGCUGCCUGGCUAGCGACGGUUGGAAGAAGAGGCGGCGGAGAUCAAGACUUGUUCUCCCUUGAACUUCUGAGACAAUUGAUUGGCUAAAAAAUACAAAUAAUGAAAGCAACCAGGUUGAUAACUCUGAAGAAUUCUGAACACUGGUUACCCUAAUUACUAAAUUUUACUUUAAAAUAUUACUGAAAACAUGUUAUUCUGCCAUUCUUGGUGAUAGAGGAUGUUGGUUUCUUUGGUGCUGUGUGCUGUUCUGCUGAUUGGAAGUACUGAAAUUCAGAACGAUGAAUGGAUUGAUCCAACAGACAUGUUGAAUUAUGACGCAGCUUCAGGAACAAUGAGAAAAUCUGAUGUGGUGAACCAGGAUGAUUCUGAAAAUAAGAACAUACCAAAAGAGACAGUGGCAGCAGGCAAUCGUUUGGACAUUUCCAAGUGCCAAAUAAAACUAGAUUCAACCAUUCAGAAGCUUGAAGAAUAUGAAAGGAAAGAGAGAACCAAGUUGUAUGAAAGCAAUAGCAUUCAUGUUUUCAAGAGAUACUUGAAUAAGAUUUUAAUUGAAGCAGGAAGGCUUGGUUUGCCUGAUGAUAACAUUGGAGAGAUGCAUUACGAUGCUGAGAUCAUUCUUACAAAACAGACAUUGAAUGAAAUCAACAGAUUUCUUAAUGAAGAGGGUUGGAAAUCAGCUGCUCUGGAUGAUGCACUUAGUGAUAUUCUGAUUAAUUUUAAGCACCAUGAUUAUGAGGCUUGGAAAUGGAAGUUUGAGGAUGUGUUUGGGAUUGAUCCCUACAAUGUCUUCAUGGUGCUUCUGUGUUUAGUGUGCAUUGCAAUAAUUGUUGCUACAGAACUCUGGACGCACAUCGGGUGGCUAACACAACUAAAACGUAUUUUAUUCAUAAGUUUUAUUAUCAGUUUUGGAUGGAACUGGAUGUACUUAUAUAAGGUAGCUUUUGCACAGCAUCAGGCUGAAGUGGCAAAAAUGGGGAACUUUGAUCAUGUGUGUGCUGAGAACAUACAUUGGAGUGAUGGCCUUUUUGAAUGGUUUAGGAGCUCAUGGACAUUCCAGGAUGACCCUUGCCAAAAGUACUAUGAAACCAUAUUAGUAAAUCCUAUUUGGCUGGUUCCUCCAACAAAGGCUUUGGCUGUUACGUUUACCAAUUUUGUAACAGAGCCAUUGAAGCACAUAGGGCAAGGAACUGGUGAAUUUAUUAGAGCCCUCAUGAAAGAGAUCCCAGUAUUGCUACAGCUUCCAGUGCUAAUUAUUAUAGCUGUUGCAGUUUUGAGUUUCUGCUAUGGGGCAGGAAGAUCAGUUACUUCAUUAAGGCAGUUAACCUACCAAGAGAGACAGGAGCCUCCUUCACUCCCACCAAGCAACCAGAAAAGACAAGAACCUAUAGGAUAUCACCAACCAAACGGAGCAGACAGUAGAGUUAACUACUCAGUAGGGUGUACUGAUUGCAUCAAUAGAAGGCCUUGUGACAGAGGAACUUCGAAAGCAAUAAAUGAAUGCCGAAAAUCUCAAGAAGGCAGCAAAAGCAAUAUUGAGAUUUUGCGAGCAUGCGACAUGGUAGAUAUGCCACUUGAAGAGCAUCCCAAAGUGGCAACCAAGAGUAACCUAUCUUUAGAAGAAGAUAAGUUGCAAGUAGAACCAGAAAAAAAGGACAGUGAAGACCAUGAGAUUGGACUAUGUAGCAAACCAGAGGUUCGAACUGACAGAGUACAGAAAAACUGCACAGGCCAAAGUCUCGGUGACAUAAACAUAGCUGAAUCAAAGAGAUCAUGCCACAUACAAGAACCUACAAGCCACAAUGAAGAGGAAGCAAAAUAUAACUCUGCAAAGGAUAGGGAAGUGAAGCGAGAUGCUCUGGAGACAAUAGAAGAAUUUGAGAAAAGGAAUGAGAACAUCUCAUGUGAAUUAAAGGAACCCACAGAGAAAAUUACAGAAAAUUUGAGCUUCACUGAACAAAAUCAGAGGAAUACUGCUUCCUGACACACCUCCAGUUGUACCAGUGAAUUCCCCCAUAUUUCUAUUUGUAAAAAACUCUGUUCAAGUGAAGUACUUCAUAGACUUAAGUCAACUUGGCAACAGCCAGAACUUUGUUACAUUUUAAUUUGAUCAGUAUAUUGUUCUCAGAGUGAGACCUAGAUUAUGUUUUAGCAAGUAUCAACCGUUUCAACCCAUUGAAAAAUUUUGUGGCAGAAUAAUUUUGAAAACCGAAGUCAUUUUGUAUAUAUGUGUUCAUAUACUGUUUGCAAGGAAAAUAAAGGCUUUCAUGACACGUUUUCCUAUAUUGUUCCAUGUUCCUCUCCGCUGAAGAAAUGGGAUAAAGCUGCACUACAUCUCUCAUGCCCAUUAACAUUUUUAACAUUCUGAAUAGCAACUGAAAAGCAAGCAAUAAGCUCCAUAUAGAGAUAAAACCAAAAACUUUGAUAGCAGGUUGGAUUCAGCCAGGAUUUCCACUGGUGAGAACAGGUGGGUGCUCCCCUUGGCUUAGCAUUGUUGGAUCUGCAUGUAUAAACAGUGUGGGAAAUGGGAAAUUGGAUAAGAUUGAGUUGAAAAAGUCAGCUGGAUCUGAGACUUUGUGUUAAUUAGCCUCUCAUGCACUUUAACUCCUGUGUAUUAAUCAGCAAGAUUCAAGCAAAAUGAAGCGCAGCUUAAUCCCAUUUCUUCAGCUGAGAGGAACAUGGAACUACAUAGGAAAAUCAUGCCAUGAAAGCUUAUAUUAUACAGAAUAUUAUUUGAAAACACAGAAAUUCUGAACCACUCUGACAACCACUAUGUCAGAUUACACAGAGAAGCCACUGAUAUCUACAAAAACAUGGACAAUUUCAGCAGAAAGGAAGAAACUAUGAAAAGGAACAAAAUUUGGCUACCAGUACUGAAAAAUACUAGAAUCAAGACAGGGACUAAUGAAUACCACCAAGACACAGGAUGUCUCCAGACAGUAAGCAAUCAAAGGGAUCAAAAGGCCAGGCUACUAUGCAGAUACCCUCACUAAUUGAUUAUGCUUUCUUCAUGCUUACAUGCUAAAAUGGGUGGAUCCCA